CCUUAUUCUUCGCCCUAUCCAGACAUAAACAAGCGACGAAGCAAAGGGCCCAACAGCAACAAAACAACCAGCAGCAAUCAGAGAUGACUCCCAACAGAUCAACUGCGAUCCCGCAUAAAGGGGGCACGAGCAUACCAUUGCCAGGUUCGGCCCUACCAUCGAGGAGAUGUGCCCCAGACAAGGUGAGACCGGUGGCCGGUUCGAGCAGGGCCUCCAGUCCGGCUUUAUCCAUGAUUCCAAGAGCUCCACCGACGACAACUGUUACCGUCAGCAGUCCCUACCAGACGCCGCCACCGCAAAACAAGAACUCGAUGUUGGACAAGCUGAAGCUCUUCAAAUCCGGUGAUAGCAAUAGACAGCCUCAAUCCGCGUCAACCACUGGCAAAAGGACGAGCAGCUCGAGCGGCGUGUCUUCUGCGAGGAGCGAACGGUCGGACAGCAGCAUUAGCCUGGAGCCGAGUGCGGACAUCAAGCCGGUGCGCAACAAUAGCCGCAUCAAGCAGCAGCGACCCACGAAGAACGCCCCCACCAAGAGCAGCCCCAGCGCCAACAAGAAGGAGGUCGGCAAUCAGAAACCGACGAAGAUCGAAGUCGAGAAGCACGCACACAAAGUGGCCAGUCUGUCUGCGUCGAAGCUGCAGGAGCCCAAAGUAAAAGUGUCGGCUGCGUCCAACAAAGACGUGGGCGCCAAGACCCAAGGACCUGCGAUGCCCACUCUGCAGACGCCAAGUACGGGCAUCCCCAAGCCCACUGCCGCCGUCAAAGGCACGACGAAACCGCCUCGCGAAGAUAAAUCCCCUGCAGCGAUGAAGUCCCCGUCGACAGCUCCAUCGAGGGAGAGUUCCCAAGCAAGCAUGACUCCACCACUAACGAAACCUGCCAUCGGUAUUGUGUCGCCUAUGAAGAACGAUCUCCACAACCCUUUAUCGGAGAGCAGCCACAGCGCUUCUACUGGACAGCACAGCAACUCCUCCGAGAGUUCCGUCAUCUACAAACCAUCCAGCGAGAGCGGAUCGGAACACCACAACCUCAUCCCCAACCGCAAGGACCCCUUGGAGUACAUCACGGAAGCACCGAAGCCGGAAAUCAAAAUCUUGAACAGAGAUCCCGCGCAACUCCCGGAAGAGGACACGUUAGGAGACGUAGAACCCAUGAGGCCUCUCCUCAGAGGCUACUGCAGCACCCUAACUCUCCCAGCCCGAUCCAGACACUACCCCAGAGUGCAACCUGAUGGUGGAAACGCCGACUACUGCGAGAUCUCCUCCCUAACCAACGGCUACCUAUCGGACGGUGAAGUUCUCCGUAAUCCAUCGCAAUGCCGGGGUGAUAUAUGCGACGGCUACAUGUCGGAGGGUGGAAACGCUCUGUACGCCCGGAGGCUUCAAACGAUGCCGGCGCAUUUACCCAACGGAGCGCCACGGAUCUCGCCAAGCCUCACGGUGUUGACGGAACAGAGCGGAAGGCGGGGGCGCGUGGAAGAUCCGCCGCCGCCCCCGACUGGCCCCCGAGGACGGACAACGAGGAACGGGUCCGCCCAAUUCCCUGAUCCCAAGCAGCACGGCAACAGCGGUCAGCAAUGGAAGAGGUACACGGAUUCGCCGGGCGUUGGAAGCCCUCCACCACCGCCGCCUCCGGCACCGUCGAGUCCCACCAGCUCGAGGCGGGAGCGCCGCAGCAGCCCUCACGGAAAGGACAAAUCCUCGAAGGUGCGCGGCGUCCCGCAGAGUUUUGGCUACGUGAAGAGGGGCAACAGCACAAACGGCACGAAUGGAACGCACACGAAUGGCAGCAGUUCACCCUCCACCCCUUUACCGAACUCCCAAUCCGGAAAAACCGCCCAGGUGUCGGCGGUGCCGCGCACCAAAGUAAAGGUUUCCGGUGGUACCCAGACCUGUUCGAGCGACCUGCAACCACACAAGACACCGCAGUUUAAGAGUUACUCUUUGACCGGAAAUGCGGCCAACCAACUGAGCCAGUCAGUUCGGGAGCGGCUGAUGGGUUCGCAAAGUUUGCCCAAAGGUGCGGCCCAAGAGUACAGUCAUAUCCUGCGACAAGGUAGACCCAAAGCCAGCGAUGGUUCCUUAUCCGACACCCAAGCCAUCGACGCCUCCAGCCCAUACGCACCUUGGCUCAGACACAGUAAUACUUAUUCGGUUGCUCCGAGGCUUUCGGAAACGGACAGCAUGGAAAGCUUAACAAGUCUUCCAGGACACAGAGGAAGCUUAACGCACGCCCGUCUUCUCCGGGAUUCCCCUUCACGGCUGAGCAGAAGCAACAGCAUCAGGUCUACCAAAUCGGAAAAACUGUACCCUUCAAUGUUGCACAGGAACGCGGAACCGGAAACAGAACCGUACUAUUGCCUGCCGAUAGGAGCCUACAAUCCUUGGUCUCAGCCCACCAGCCCAGCUCCAGGAUCGGCUCGCACCUUUCCACUAUCCCCUACACACUCUAAUGCAAGGCACAGCAUCCCCAAGAACGACGAUGUGCACGGCUCCUCCAUCAGUUUAGUGUCAACAGCAUCAAGCUUAUACUCAUCAGCAGAGGAAAAGCAGGCGCACGAAAUCAGGAAGUUGAAGAGAGAGCUGAUGGACGCACAGGAGAAGAACCAAACUCUAUCGUCUCAACUCAGCACAAACGCGCACGUCGUUUCCGCCUUCGAGCAGAGCCUGUCUUCUAUGACCCAGAGGCUUCAGCACUUAACGGCGACCACGGAGAAGAAGGACUCGGAAUUGUCGGAGUUAAGGCAGGCGGUGGAGGCGCUGCGGGCGCAGAGUAUACAAGCAGGAAUCGGAAGCGGCUUGGCCAGGCAGCCCUCCUCCGACAGCGUGUCCAGCUUGUCUUCUGCCUGCAGCUUGGACAAGCAGGACAAGAAGAAGAAGAAAGGAUGGUUGCGCAGUUCUUUCACGAAAGCCUUCUCGCGUAACGCCAAAGUGACGAAAGUGCAGUGCCAAAAUGAGGGCGUCGCGGACGGCGGCGAUCGCCAGCAGCCGAGUCCGCCGCCCCCGGCGCCCACGGACAGCGGCCUCGAGGUGGUCGAACUCCAGAAGCAGCUGCGCGAGAAGGAUCUCGUCCUGACGGACAUCCGGCUGGAGGCGCUCAGUUCCGCCCAUCAAUUGGAGAGUCUCAAGGAUACAGUCAUGAAAAUGAGGAGCGAGAUGUUGAGCUUGAAGCAGAACAAUGAACGGCUUCAACGGAUGGUCACCGGUGGACCGACGCCUUCUAAUGGGGCUCAAGCACCGCAACCGGCUGUCCAAGAGACCAUUACGAAUAGCAACAGUAUGGAUCCUCUGAACGAUUUGAUUCCCACCGAAGAGCCCAUGCAGGAAGCGGAGCCUGACGGCAAGCGCAUCACCAUCUCAGUGUACCUGGGACAACCGCAAGGCUAUAGGAAGUACUACGAAGAGCAUUACGAAAACGACGGAGACGGUGUGAAUGCCACAACGGAGAUUGCAAUUGCAUAUACUAGCGUCGGCGCCGCCACCUCCUGGGGUCAGCUUGAUAAUGCAGUGCGAAGAGCUUUCAAGCAGCACGUGGCGAGAUUGGAUCCGGGAGGUGGUUUGGGUCUGGGAAGCGAUUCCGUGGCUAUGUACAAGUUGGGAGACGCUGAAAGGGCUAGCGAAUCGCAUCCUCCUGAUCUGCUACCCGUGGGCUACGUCGUAGGACAUGUGAAUACUCUGCAUAUAGUGUUACAGCCAGUGGCGGCCCUCGCAUUUGAAGCCCUGAUACCUAAGGGUGUCGCGCAACGUCUCGUUUCACUUUUAUCAGAACAUCGGAGAUUAGUUCUUUGCGGAGCACCGGGAACGGGGAAGAGCCAUUUGGCUACACGAUUGGCCGAAUUCCAUGCGCAGAGCUUGGGCAGAGAUCCCGCUGAGGCUGUAGCCACCUUCAACGUGGACAACAAAUCCGGAAAGGAGUUGAGACAGUAUUUAGCGCAUCUUAGUGAACAAGCCGCAGCUGGUGAUAACAGCGUCUUACCCUGCGUCGUAGUGUUAGAUAACCUGCACAAAGCUGGUCCUUUGGCGGAUGCUUUAGGAUCUCUACCGAGGAAUCUACCAUGUCUACUAGGUACUAUGGCUCAAUCCACGUGUUCUGCAACCAGUUUGCAACUGCAGCACGGUUUCAGAUGGGUGCUGGUCACUCCACACAUGGAACCUGCCCGAGGUUUGUUGGGCAGAGUGUUGAGAAGGAGAUUAGCAACUUUGGAGCUUGAGCAAGGACCGCAACCCGAGCUGGCCGCAAUUUUAGGAUGGCUUCCCAGAGUCUGGCAGCAUCUAAAUGCCUUCCUGGAAACUCACAGUUCCGGGGAUGUUGCUAUUGGACCCAGGCUAUUUUUAAGUUGUCCUUUGGAGUUGGACGCGGCUAGAGCUUGGUUCGCGGACGUGUGGAACUACUCUUUGGCUCCAUACUUGAGGGAAGCAGCGCGCGAAGAACUGCAACUGUACGGUCGAAGAGCAGCCUGGACGGAUCCCUGCCAAUUUAUCCUGGACACCUACCCAUGGCCAGGAGCGCCACCCCAAGGCCUAACAAGCAUCCCCGCUAAAGACGUAGGCUUGGAGACAGGACAAGCAACUCAGGCCGAAUCGGAUGGAGAUCCUCUGCUGAACAUGCUGAUGCGUCUGCAAGAAGCGGCCAACUACUCGAGCCCCCAUUCGAACGAUUCAGAUUGCAACAGCCUAGAAUCCAAUCUCACGCACAACAGCAACUUAGGAACAGAAAGCGUCUCCUAAGACACCCAUCCAACAGCGUGCUGAUAUUUGUGAUCGUAUUUAAUUUAUCUUAUUUAUUUCGCCUCUUCGGUCUUAUUGUUUAACUGUCCCGUGUAAAUUAACCAUGAACUAACCCACGAAAUUUCUCUCAAUCUCGAACGACCGCCUCAUCCUGCAGGUGCAGCAGCAUUCAUUGUUUUUAUUAAAUUAAAAAACGUAUGAGUUUUAUUUCUCGAUUUCUUAGCAAGUAAGUUCACUGCCAGUUAAUUUUAAACUCGAGAUUAGCAGAGCAAACGAAGGAGGAAAACCUUCCAUUAUCUAAAUCCAACAGUUAACAGCUACAAAUUUACUUUUCAUCGCGUAAAUCUGAAGGUUUUCCGUUAAAACGACUCUAUAGCGUUGAGCAUCAGUGUUUUUGCAAUUUUGCGCGAAUUGCAAAUUACACUCGGAAAUCAAAUCAAAAUGAUAAUUAAUUUGUAAAUAUAUGAACAAACAAAAAAAAAGUAUAUAAAAGAGCGAAUCGUAUCCUAACAAAUAACCAAUAAGUGUAUAAUUGUAAAUUGUAUAAAUGCAGCCUCCAAGUGUAGUGCGAUGUAUAUAUUAUAAAUAAUAAUGGCAUAUUUCUACUAUGUAAUUUUGCUUAACUCAAUUACGAAUAUGUACAAACGCGAAGAAACUCUUUAAGUUUUAUUGUAAUAUCAUUAAACAAACAAAAAAAAAACAAACAAACAUCA